UAUGAAAAUAAUUAAUACCAAUUUUAUUUUUCGAUUAUUUCUAAAUUUAAUUUUAUUUUUUAUUAUUUUCGUUGGAAAUAAUAAUGUAAAACCACAAAUUUUGUAUUCAAUUAGCACUACCGGCCUUCUUAUCGGCAAAGGAGCUGAGGUAAAAGGUCCACACCACCCAGUAUCAUCAGAUCCUGUAUUAGCUCCACUCUCUCAUUCAGCACCUAUUUCGGCAUCAGAAGUAUUUAUGCGCCGAAGGAGAAGAUAGA